GCUUACUCUUGUUUACAGCAGUGAUUCUACGGACUGGAGACCGACAACGAGGGCAAGUGAUAGGAUUGCUGCUUACUGGAGCUAUACGGGAAAACUAAAAAAUACACAUCAUCACCCAUAAAUGGCUCACAGGACAUAACGGAAGCUUGAGUUUGGUGCAAGUAUACCAUACUACACCCCAACCGAAGCUCUUAAACUUGAUAGUCUACUGUUGCGUGGCAUAGGUAUUUUUUUCAGCCGCAAAGGAGACGAUUGACUGCGUUAACGGCGAAAACAGACAGUGCAGGGGGCGGGAGAAAAGGGGGGUGAGAUUGGUGAAACAAUUUCUGUUGUGGAGGAUAUUUUGGAUUGCGCCCUGUUGGAAAGGCUCAUUGAACGGAGUUACGUUCUCAUUCAUUUCCCAUCUCAGCCACCACCCUGUGGAACUGGCCGUAGAUUCUCCUUCUAAUUCUCAUCACUCAGACGGAAAUGAAUGAUAGAAGAUUGGAAUUCCCUUUGGUCUACUACAAGUGAACGUUGUUCGAUUGCGAGUCAUAAAAACUCCUGCGCACAAUUACUGGGGUUUCAAGAAAUGGAGACUGAGGAUGCGGAUUACCAUCAUCUGUCGAGUGAAAUCAGUGGCACGAAUGUCUUGCCAGCAAUCCUUAAAUCAUUGUGUCGUUGGCAAGAAUAACGAAUUGUUUUAAUUUAUUUAAUCUUAUAUAUAUAUAUAUAUAUAUUAAAAUAUAUAGGCCUAGGCUAUAUAUAAUUCCACCAAAACACAAAACUUGGAAAAAUAGUAGGCUAUACUCUGAACACGAAUUUGUAUCUACCUGUCAAACAGUGUAGCCUAUUUGCUGGACCACGUUUUUUUUUUUUUCUUUUACUUUUUGUGAACUCGGUGGCAUCAUCUCCCUUUUCCACUAUUUUGGAAUUAAGUUAUUUGCUUUUUAGAGAGGUGAAUAAUUAAUUGAUCAGGAAUGAGAUCUGGGACAGAGAGGAAUACUUUGACCUUGUUUUGGGGUCUGACGCUAUCUGUCUCCACUAUCUACCUAUGGACGGCAAAUGGAGAAAUCUGUGGUCCAAGUAUUGACAUACGUAAUGACAUCAGUGAGUUCAAGCGUCUGGAGAACUGUACGGUGGUGGAGGGCUUCCUGCAGAUACUCCUCAUCGGAGACAAGACCAACAACCUCAACCAGGAGCUCUUCCGCUCCCUCAGCUUCCCCAAGCUGACCGUCAUCACCGACUACCUGCUCCUGUUCCGGGUCUCCGGCCUGGACAGCCUCAGCACGCUCUUCCCCAACCUCAACGUCAUUCACGGACGCAACCUCUUCUACAACUAUGCCCUGGUUAUCUUUGAGAUGACCAGUCUGAAGGACAUCGGCCUGUACAACCUGAGGAACAUCACGCGAGGGGCCAUCCGGAUCGAGAAGAACCCGGAGCUCUGCUACCUGGACUCUGUGGACUGGUCUCUCAUCAUGGACGCAGAGUUUAACAACUUCAUUGCGGGGAACAAGCAAUCCAAAGAGUGUGGUGAUGUGUGUCCAGGCAUCACGGAGGACAACGCUCAGUGCAUCAAGACCAGCUUUAACGGCAACUUUAACUCUCGCUGCUGGACAUCCAACCACUGCCAGAAAGUGUGCCCAGAGAAGAAGUGUGAGCGGCGGGCAUGUACGGACGGUGGUGAGUGUUGCCAUGCCCAGUGCCUGGGAAGCUGUACGGAGCCGGACGACGACAUGGCCUGCGCAGCCUGCCUGCACUACUACCACGAGGGCCGCUGCGUGCAGGACUGCCCCCCAGACACUUACAAGUUUGAGGGCUGGCGCUGCAUUACCAUGGACCUGUGUGAACAUGUGCACCUGGCCGGUGACUUUCACUUUGUCAUCCACGGAGGGGAGUGCAUGCCUGAGUGUCCAUCAGGCUUCACACGCAAUGAGAGCAAUAAUCACAGUAUGUUCUGCAGUGCCUGUGAUGGCUUGUGUGAUAAGAUCUGCGACUCCAAGACCAUCGACUCAGUGGAUGCUGCUCAGUCUCUAAUGGGCUGCACAGUCAUCAAAGGCAACCUGCAAAUCAACAUCCGCCGUGGCAAUAACAUUGCCUCAGAGCUGGAGAGUUUCAUGGGCCUGAUCCAGACAGUGACAGGCUAUGUGAGGAUCCGACAUUCCCACACACUAGGAUCGCUCUCCUUCCUCAAGAGCCUGCGCUACAUCAACGGGGAGGAGCUCAUGGAAGGGAUGUAUGCUUUUUCUGCCAUUGACAACCAGCGCCUGCAGUACCUGUGGGACUGGACCCAACACAACCUGACCAUCAGGGCUGGGAGGCUGUCCUUCCGCUUCAACCCCAAACUCUGCAUGUCUGAGAUCCACAAUAUGUGGGAGAAGACUGACAUCACUGAGAAGUUUGAGGAGGGCGAUUUCCGCAACAAUGGAGACAGAGCAAGCUGUGAGAGUCAUAUCCUGAAGUUCAAGUCCAACAGCACUAUGAGUAACCGGAUCAAGCUGACUUGGGAGCGCUACCGACCACCAGACUACAGAGACCUCAUCAGCUUCAUCGUCUACUACAAGGAAGCACCGCACCAGAACAUCACAGAGUUUGAUGGCCAGGAUGGGUGUGGCUCCAACAGUUGGAACAUGGUUGACGUGGACCUACCGCAAGACAAAGAGAUAGACCCUGGUGUGCUGCUGUCCCCACUGAAGCCCUGGACCCAGUACGCCAUCUUUGUCAAGGCCAUCACCCUGGUGGUGGAGGACAAACACAUCCCUGGAGCCAAGAGUGACGUGGUCUAUAUACGCACCAGCCCCUCAGAGCCGUCUAUGCCAAUGGAUACCCGGGCGUAUUCCAACUCGUCCUCCAAGCUGGUGGUGAAAUGGUCACCUCCCCUCAACCCUAACGGCAAUCUCACCUUUUACCUGAUCCGCUGGCAGCAGCAAGCUGAAGACAAGGAGCUGUACCAACACAACUACUGCUCCAAAGAGCUGAAGAUCCCCAUUAGAAUCUCAGCCACGGGGUUGGCAGACAUGGAGGACGACACCAAGCCCACCAAGCCUGACCUGUCUGGGGGGGACAAGGGCCCCUGCUGCCCCUGCCCCAAGACCAAGGAGGACCUGAAGGCAGAGAUAGAUGACGCAUCCUACCGCAAAGUCUUUGAGAACUUCCUGCACAACUCCAUCUUCACCCCCAGGCCCCCCGACCGGCGGCGUAGGGAUCUAUUUGGGGUGGCUAACAGCACCUUGGCGCGGGGUGGCAACACCACAGGCCUGGAGGGUAAUGGGACAGACGGAGAAUCCCCCGAGAGGGAGUUCCCCUUCAUGGAGGACCGGAGCAAGACAGAGUUUAUAGAGAUCACCAACCUACAGCCCUUCACUGUCUACCGCAUCGACAUCCACGCCUGUAACCAGGAGGUCCGUCGCUGCAGUGCUGGAGCCUUCGUCUUCUCCAGGACCAAACCUGCAGACAAAGCGGAUGACAUGCCAGGCACGGUGAAUCAGGAGAGGGAUGAGAAGGUGGAGGGGUCGGUGCUGCUGAGGUGGCCGGAGCCUGUCAACCCCAACGGUCUCAUCCUAAUGUAUGAGAUUAAGUUUCGCCAAGGCACCGAGCCUGAGAAACAUGAGUGUGUGUCACGCCAGCACUACAGAGUGCACAAAGGAGCUCGUCUGACCAACCUAGGCUCUGGGAACUACUCUGCCCGCGUGCGCGCCACCUCCCUGGCAGGAAACGGGUCCUGGACUGGGCCAGUGUCCUUCUACGUAACCCCACGCACACGGGACUACGACAUCACGUUCUAUCUGGUCAUCAUCAUCCCCAUCAUAGUGAUAAUUCUUAUCGCCAGCCUCAUUACUGCACUCUUUUUUAUCAACAAAAAAAGGAACAGUGACAGGCUGGGGAAUGGUGUCCUCUAUGCUUCUGUCAACCCUGAGUACUUCAGUGCUGCUGAGAUGUAUGUUCCAGAUGAGUGGGAGGUGGCCAGGGAAAAGAUCACCAUGCACAAGGAGUUGGGCCAGGGUUCCUUUGGCAUGGUGUACGAGGGCCUCGCUAAGGGCGUGGUUAAAGACGACCCAGAGACGCGCGUGGCCAUCAAGACGGUCAACGAGUCAGCCAGCAUGAGGGAGAGGAUAGAGUUCCUCAAUGAGGCUUCCGUCAUGAAGGAGUUCAACUGUCACCACGUGGUGCGUCUGCUGGGCGUGGUCUCUCAGGGACAGCCCACCUUGGUGAUAAUGGAGCUGAUGACCCGUGGAGACCUGAAGAGUCACCUGCGCUCGCUCCGUAAAGAGAACACGUCCAGCCAGGUUCUGCCCCCGCUGAAGAAGAUGAUCCAGAUGGCAGGGGAGAUUGCGGACGGCAUGGCAUACCUCAACGCCAACAAGUUCGUCCACAGAGACCUGGCUGCCAGGAACUGCAUGGUGGCGGAGGACUUCACCGUCAAGAUCGGGGACUUUGGCAUGACGCGAGACAUCUACGAGACGGAUUACUAUCGGAAAGGAGGGAAGGGCCUUCUGCCAGUCCGCUGGAUGUCCCCAGAGUCGCUGAAAGACGGAGUGUUCACCACAAACUCUGAUGUCUGGUCAUUUGGGGUGGUGCUGUGGGAGAUUUCUACCUUGUCUGAGCAGCCGUAUCAGGGCAUGUCCAACGAGCAGGUGCUGCGUUUCGUCAUGGAGGGAGGACUCCUGGACAAGCCUGACAACUGUCCUGACAUGCUGUUUGAGCUGAUGCGGAUGUGCUGGCAGUACAACCCCAAGAUGCGUCCUUCCUUCCUGGAGAUCAUCAACAGCCUCAAGGAGGAGCUGGAGCCUCCGUUCAGUGAGAUGAGCUUCUUCUUCAGCGAGGAGAACAAGCCCCCGGACACUGAGGAGCUGGACAUGGAGGUGGAGAACAUGGAGAACGUGCCACUGGACCCUGCACCCAGCAGACCCCCCACUGCUGUUCCUCUGCCCUCCCAGGGACCCAUGGGGGCCACAGGGGGCUCAGCACCCCCUCCUCCCCAGCAGUUAUCCCCAAUGCAAUGCCCUUCUAAUACCCUGAAGGGACCUGGCUCUCCCUCCACCUCAGUCCCGGCUGCCUCUGUCUCGGCCUCCCCAGGCCUGGCCUUGGACAAGCACUCAGGACAGAUAUCGGCCAACGGGCCAGUGGUGGUGCUGCGGCCCAACUUUGAGGACACACAGAACUACGCUCACAUGAACGGGGGGCGCAAGAAUGAGCGGGCGCUGCCACUGCCCCAGUCUUCAGCCUGCUGAUCCCCUCCUCCCCCCUCAGCCAGAUCACCCCACUCCUUCUCUUCUCACACAGGGUAACAUAAACUUCUCCCCUGUUUUAGUUAUAAUGGGGUGAUGGAUGAGUGAAUAACUGACACAUUAUACUACUCUACUGCAGUAGGAGUCUUUAAUUUUUAAAUAAUAAUAUCAAGAUUUAUUAUUGAAUACCAAGACUGAGAAACAGCACAGAAACCUGCUAAAGCGUUUGGAGUAUGGUGACUCAGAACGAACAACACUGGGAAGCUCUAGUGUUUACUUCUUAUUUAGUAUUUGUUACUUUAAAAACAUCAUUAAAGAAGGACAUCAUCAAAUAUUCCCUGACUGACAGGUAUUGUAAGUGAGAGACAAUAACUUUAAAAAAUAAUUUGAAGCAUAUCUGCUAGAAAAUCCAACAGACGAGCUCAUUUAGAUCAUUUCUGAGAGAAUAAUGUGUAUAUCUGAGUGUGUUUAUACUGCCUUCAGAAAGUAUUAAGACCCCUUGACUUUUUCCCCAAAAAAUUACGUUACAGCCUUAUUCUAAGAUAUUUUUACCCUAUAAUGACAAAGCAAAAAUAGAUUUAGCAAGUAUUCCUGCCCUUUGUUAUGAGAUGCAUACUGUUUCCAUUGAUCAUCCUUGAGAUGUUUCUACAACUUGAUUGGAGUCAACGAGUGGUAAAUUCAGUUGAUUGAACGUGAUUUGGAAAGGCACACACCUGUCUAUAUAAGGUCCCACAGUUGACAGUGCACGUCAGAGCAAACACCAAGCCCUGAGAUUGUCCGUACAGUUCCAGGACAGGGUUGUGUCGAGGCACAGAUCUUAGGAAGGGUAGCAAAAUAAUUAUGCCGCAUUGAAGGUCCCCAAGAACACAGUGGCCUCCAUCAUUCUUAAAUGGAAGAAGUUUGGCACCACCAAGACUCUUCCUAGAGCUGGCUGCCCGGCCAAACUGAGCAAUCGGAGGAGGUGACC